UGAUCGGCGGGGUCGUGUUCAAUUGGCGUAGCUAGCGUACACUAAUCUGUUAGUGGGACAGUGCCGGAUCGAGCGCUCACACGGACCGAGCUCCCUGACAAGCUAGGCCAUUGUCGGUGGUUGUCCGUGACCGUGCGGUCGAGGAACAGCUGCGAGCUUGAGCCCAGGCAAGCCCCAACCCCACACCAAAACUCCAUGUCGGCGCCUGCUUGAACGGCACCCUGUUUCUUAUCGAUCCGCUUCGCCAGUCGGGCAGCCGACACCGACCCCGGAACCAGACCCGAAAUUUCCACAGCGCGACCGGGAACCCGGCAACGCCGCAACCCUCCUCGCCAUGUCGAGCACGCCCUCGUCGGACACGGCGAGCUCGCUGUCGGCAUCAUCGUCCUUCGUCAUCACUGACGUGCCGCGCUCGGCGUCCUCCGGCCGAGACGGAAGUGACGACGACGACGAGGAUGUCGACUCGCUGCCCUCCAUCUCCAGCAGCAUCCUCGACUCGGAAGCCGACUCGUCCUCGGACGCGCAGCGGGAGUGGGAGGCCAGCCUGGAGCAGCUGCAGCUGCUGCUGACCAUGGUUAUCAUGCCGUUUGCGGGGAAGUUUUUGGGUCGCAAGUUUGCGUAUUGGAGCUGGGCGAGGUACAUGGAGUGGAUGCAUAACGUGGAGAUCCGGUGGACGAGCAAGCGGACGUUCAACGCUGCUGGCGCGGCUGAGGCUGCAUCCUCAUUAUGACGAGGCGGAUUUACGGCCUGGGAGGAGCCAUGAGGACGUACAUAUCGAUUUACAGCUUGUCUUGGGCGGCCUCGUUCACCACGGCGUUACGGAAUAUGGGGUCGGGACAUAGGAGCAUUGGGAUCUCCUGGCGACGAAUAGAUAGGAUAGCCCUUUCUUUGGUUGGGCAUGAAAUUUCACCCAUAGAAGCGAUGCCGCGCUGUUCUGGAACCUCGAAUGUUCCCCGGCUCAGGAACAUUGGCUGGGAAUAAGAGAACAAGAGCUUGCGCACUAAGCCGUCGAUUUGGUAUACUAACUCUACAAUGAUCCUGCCCUCGUGCCCCAUCCAUAAGCCAAGCCCAGCCAGCCGUUCGUCAGGACAUCCGCAUUAGAUGGUAGCUUCGUCAUCCG